GCGUGAUACCUGGCGCUACGCUUCGAUCGCGAGCCGACGAGGAUAAGAAAUCUCCCGGGGUAAGAAAUCGACGAGGAGGACGAGGAGGAGGAGGAGGAGGACGACGACGACGACGACGACGACGAGAGAGAAAGAUCGUUUUUCUUUCAUCCCCGCGGAGGGUGACGACCCUCGCGCACGCGAGGGAAGUGCAAGAUUCUUUUCUCUGUCACGCGAAGUGCGGGAAGUCCGAUCGGCCGGCGAUCGGCGGAGAAGGACGACGAACCGGAAUGGAGAGGAGGAGGCAGCAGCGUCGUCGUCGUGACUCUACCGACUUCCAAGGUUGAAGGCCCAGCGCGAAUACAUAGCCGCCACCGGAAAAUAUGGGCUCGGAAGCCUGGGAGCUGGAGAGGAGGUACUCGGUGCCGGGGGCACUGGACACCAGGGGGCUGGAGCCGCCGGCCAGCGAGGAUCUGCACGCAUGGUCGAUUUACAGGCAAAACCUGAACUCCGACUUCACGGAUUCCGCGCUCGGCUCCGCCGAGAAGUCGCCGCUGCCGUACGGUAACUUCCAGCUGCGCGACUCCACGGUGCAGAGCAUCCUGCGGCAUCCGCGGUACGGGCCCAAGAGCCCGCUGGCCAGCAACUCGUACACGUACUUGAAAUUCGGCCUGCCGCGCGUUCUGCCGCCCAGCUCGCGGAACCGCGACGGCUCCAGCGGCUACGACUCCAGCGAGGAAGGACGACGGGUCUCGCACGCAGGUGCUCCGGUACACACGACGUCGAUCAUGCGUUCGGCCAGAAGCGAUCCGGACUUCAGGCACGUCCACGCGGUCCCGAGGGAGCCGGCGCAUUCUCAGUUGACUGUCGCGAGGGAGCAUCCGAGGCUAAGGAGCGCCAGCGAGGCUAAUCUCUUGCACAGCGCGGUCAGGACCAAUCGGCGACACAGCAUCGCGCCGAUCGAUCCCGGAUACGUAGCUCACGGGCACCACGGUAUCCUGGCGCCGGAAGGUUACGCGCUGCCGUUGAGACCGAUGCCGUGUCUGCAGCAUCCUCACCUGCAGCUGCGAGGUGUGGAGGCGUCAGGCUCGGACGGGCUGCCACUUCUUCGGGGUAUCACCCUCGAGGCCGGCGCCGCCGAGGUGCUGGCCAUCAUGGCGACCACCGAGAAGGAGGGCACGCAGAUCGUCGAGACGAUCGCGGGCAGGAGGCGUAUAAAAAGGGGCGAUAUUCUGCUCAAUGGAAGAUCCGUAUCGGCACGCAGCCUGAGAUCUCGCGUCGCUUACCUACCCACGGAGAAUGGCCUGAGUCCCGGGCUGACGGCUCAGCAGACCCUCAACUUCUACAUGCUGCUGAGAGGCGGUCGCAAUACCACCACGCUCGAGGCCGAGGCUAUUCUGCAGGAGCUCGGCCUGGAGGCGACCAAGCACUGCCUGGUAAACACCUUGACGACCUCCGAGGCCCGACGAUUGGCCCUCGCCUGCCGGCUGCUUCAGGACUCGCACAUCAUCGCCCUGGACAGACCCACGCACGGUCUGGACAUCUUCGACGCGUUCUUCCUCGUCGAGUACCUGAGGCAGUGGGCCAACCGCGGUCAGCGUCUCGUCGUUCUUACUCUGCACCCGCCCACCUAUGAGAUCCUGACGAUGGUGUCGAGGGUCACACUCACGUCCGGCGGUCGAAUCAUGUACUCCGGGCCCAGGAGAGACAUGCUGCCAUAUUUCGCGCUCGCCGAGUUCCCCUGCCCGCCGUUCAAGAAUCCGUCUGAUUAUUAUCUUGAUUUAGUAACGCUGGAUGACCUGUCGGCGGAAGCGAUGCUGGAGUCGUCGCAGAGGAUAGAACAUCUGGCGGAGCUGGCCAGAACGAGGCUACCUCCGAUCAGUGAUCCUGGACCACCCGGCGCACUUCCGCCCUCGAUGUCCGGUCCCAAUAUAUUUGUGCAAUUCUACGCUCUACUGUUACGGACGCUCAUCUACAGUCAACCGUGGGCGUUAACAAGACUGUUGCGGAAGGUCGUCAUUUCCGCGUCGCUCAGUGUUCUACUCGGUGCAAUAUUCUGGGAUGUCGCCAGCGAGUCGAAUCUACAUCUGCGAGAUAGAAUAGGCUAUCAUUACGCUAGUUUGGGCAUCUUCUUCUGGCCCCUGAGCCUACUGGCGAUGUGCGACGUGACCAACGGUAGGCCAAACGUGGAGCGGGACAUCAGGGACGGGCUGUACGGCAGAUUUAUGUAUAUUCUCGUAGAGGUCAUCUGCAGUGUGGUAUCCUGGUGCAUAAUCUACCUGAUAUAUCUGGCGCCGGCGUAUGCGAUGUCAGGGCUGCAUCUCGUGCCGGACGAGAACCUGACGUCGCUGUGGAACUACCUCGCGGUCGGCCUGCUGUACCUGAUGCUGCAGCACUUUAUCUGCACGUUCUUCGCGCACGUGUGCAAGUGGACCUACCUAGCGGCACUGUUCGCCGGCGUGGUGUUGGGCGAGAUGACCCUGGCCGGCGGGGUGACCCUGCACCUGGACAAUCUAUCGUCGUGGUACCAGCAGAUCAGCCCGAUGCAGUGGUCGCUGUCGCUGCUGCUGCCGCGGCUACACCAAAGCGAGAGCGUGGCCAAGCUGGUCAAUUGCAAGCCCAAGCAGAUUCAACGGCAGGACAUCAUCAUCCAGGCGGCGUGCGAGCCGCCCGACGGCGCGUUGGCCCUUCGCGAGAUCGCCCUCGACAAGCUGAACGUACGGGGGGAAUUUUGGCUGGGCAUCGGAGUGGCCGUCGUCGCCGUGCUGAUCAUCUUCGGGUUCUUGUGCGUCAAGUACGCUACCCCGAGGAGGCCCAGAAGCGCCCCGAACAAACCUUGAUACGCGGCACGUCGAGGAAUCGUCAUCGAGAGGUAGAAUCGCGACCGUGCCACGAAGUCGACCUAGGUAUUCGUGAGCUUUUCGUUUUCGGAGCGAGUCAUAACGUCAAUUGGCAAGAUUCAUUAUUGUAGAUUAAUAAUCAUGUACCAGCCAGAUAUGAAACAUUUCUGUUGCUAGCAUCCUCGUGAAUAUCCUUUUGUCAUCUGUAAGUUUUACAUUUUAUUCAACCUUAGCGUUUGUAUCCUCGGGGAUUUGAUUCUGACAAAGAGAUUUGGCAGAAUCUACUUCGCUAAUUCGAAUCGCGCUCGUAAAGUCUCGUCAAGUGUCUGCUCCGUUGCGAUUCUUUAAAGGAACGAACUUUAGGGACUCGCAGAGUAGACAGAGAGAGGCGGUAUAGAGUACAAAGCUUAACGAGACGUUACUUUAUCCCGUAAGGAGCUCGCUGUUUAUAAACGACAAAUAAACACGCUUAAUACUUCGUAUACUGCCCUAACUUUUAUUGUAACCGUAUGAAAUAAACAUUUUCACGAAAGGAA